AUGAUUUCAUCUAUUCUCAUUUCACAGACGAUUGAUGAAAAUAAAUCAAGAGCAAAUAAGACUGCUUUCCCUGUGCGGUCUGUAAUCACCCAAUCUGAUGGGUAUCACAUGAACCAAUCUUUGGCUAAUCAUAACUCAGUCAACAUUAAUAGAGCAUUCGUAUUUCUUCCAAGAAAAUUAGGAUUUCAGGCAACUUCGGAGGACAAUGUAUUUAACAGCAAAGAAGAGAAACCGUGGCAUAACCAGAGGAAAGGGUUUGCUUCCAUUACAAUUACUGCUAAGCGAGUUGUUCCACCUUCGAACAAUACAAUUCAGGCAAAUACUUUUGAGUAUUGCUUGGAAUGCCAGGAAAAAAAGCAGCUAAUAACAACGGUUCCAACUUCAGAUGUAACUGGCUUACGCAAACUCUCCGAAUCUUUGCAUUCUCAAGUUAAUGACCAAAAUCGAAGUGUCCGUGAAAUAGCGGAUUCUGAGUCUUGUCUGCAGAGCUACAAGAGGCAAUCUGAAUGGAUUUCUAGCCCCCCAAAGAGAAUGAUCCUCCCGGAUAACACUCUUUCUUUCACAUCAAGUGUUCACCUCACUAUUUCCCAACAGUGUCCAAAAACAAUAUAUUAUGUAGACAAGUCUCUUUUGGUACCUGUUGAUCAACUUCUGACUAAUACUCAAAAAAUGCAUCGGUCAGUCGUGUCUUUUCAUAUAAAUUGCAGUUCUCAAAAUACAACACCAGAUGGAGUGGAUAGUUUAGCUAAUGGGAAGUUAAUCACAAAAGUACUUAAGUUCCCAGAGGUUCGGGAGACAUCAUUCAAAGCAAUUUGGAAUGCAGAUCUCCAAGAUAUUUACUUGGAUAAAAACCAGAGAAUGGAAAUUGAAUCUUUAGGAACCGAAGAUUUCUGGAAAAAUCCCCCUCCAUCUGUGUCAGUUCUGACCAGCCCUCAGGAAGUUGAUAAUUUAAGACAAUUAAGGAACAAUGAUAUAUCUUCAAGUGAUAAUCCCAUGACAUUACCUGGUUACAUCCCUCAUUGGACCUACUAUAAAGAUGCACAUGGAUUCUCAGGAAGCAACAGAAAGCAAAGCAGGAAAGACAAAUACCACGAAGUUGCAUCUGAUUCCUUUCUGGAGCAAUCAUCUAAAAAGGAAUUAAUAAUAAAUGGUAGGAUUUCUUUGAAAGACAAACAUCUACCCAAAGGUACAUCAGAGUCCAAAGAGAGAAAUGCUCAAGUUUUGCAAAACCACAAGUUUUCUGAUCUUACACACCACAUCAAGGUAUCAUCAAAAUCAUUAUUGGAUGAAAAUGAUUGUAACGGUAAAGUUCCAUGCUCCAAAGGUGAUUACAAAUUAUAUGGGUCAACCAGCCCUUCCGAAGAACAUAAGAUAAAUGUGAAGAAAGAGGUGGUCAAUAGGUUAACCACCUCUGCAGCCCAUGAACCAGAUGUUCCUCGUGAGAAAUAUGAAGCUUUCCAACAUUCAGAGGUCUGCUUAGAGCCUGAGAAAAUUCCUGCGAGCCCACUGACUCUCAGG